GAUCUUUGUAGAUCAGCAGAUCCAAUGAACAGGAAACUUCCAGCAGUGGCAGAAAUGUCACAGUAGCUGUGAUCGGUCUGAUCACCGAGCGGAUUCAUCUUGGAUAGCUUUCUGAGGCUCUUCUCUGGGUGUACUGUCAUCUUUGGCAGUCUUGUCACACUCAAUGUCAAACUGCCAUCUCUCGAGGACCCCCCCAUUACCAGUGUUCACGAUGACCACCCCCAGUUUCUGCACUGAGCACUUCUACAACCAAUCUUUUCCACCACGUUGUUUAGGUAUUUCAUGAGGUCAUGAUCAGUGGUUACAAGCAGGGCAAUUUCCCCAAGAACCACUUACUUCCAGAAGAUCUGUGGACUCUGAUUUGAAGACUGGCCAUGUCAUUUCAAGUUCAAAGCAGGAGUUCCAGUUCAGAUGAUAAUGGUAUAGGGAACUUUCGCAGAAGGCUUCUGAAUAUUGAUUCAAACCUAGGGGAUCAAGCGGUAGAAAAAUUAAAGUUUCUCUGCCGUGACUUCGUCUCCCACAAGAAGCUGGAGAGGUCCAGGUCAGCCUUGGACAUUUUUGAUCAUCUCAUGACAGAAGACCUUCUGAGUGAGAAAGACCCCUUCCUCCUAGCGGAACUCCUCUGUAUCAUGCAGCAUAGCUCACUGUUGAAAUACCUCAACUGCACCAAAGAGCAAGUAAAGAGAUUGUUGCCCACCCAAAAGAAGGUCUCUCUGUUCAGAAAACUGCUCUACGAACUGUCAGAAGACAUCGACUCAGAGGACUUAAAGGACAUGAUCUUCCUUGUGCGGGAGUCGUUACCAAAAGUCCAGAUGACCUCGCUAAGUUUCCUGGAACAUCUAGAGAAACAAGCUCAAAUAGAUGCAGAUAAUCUGACAUUACUGGAGAAUCUCUGCAAAACUGUUGCAUCUAAUCUUAUGAGAAAGAUAGAAAAAUACAAAUGUGAAAAAGAAGCUGAGCAAAGCAAGCUGAGGGCCAGUGAAGUGGCAGUCUCAGCCCCUGCCCCUACGUGUUGUGUCCCAGGGGCAGAGGGAGCCAGGGGGCUACAGGAGGAAAACCUACUUUCCGGUUCAGACUUUCAGCAAUCCCUUAUCUUAACGGAAGAAACUAUGUACAGGAUGGAUCGUAAGCAUAGAGGCUUCUGUGUUAUUAUCAACAACCGCAGCUUUAACUCACUGUCAGAAAGAAAAGGGACCAAUAAAGAUGCUGAGUGCCUGAAGCUUGUGUUUCAGUGGCUUGGGUUCAUUAUAGAUAUAUAUGAUAAUGUGACUAAAAGUCACCUGGAGAAGGUUCUGCAAAAAUAUAAGAGGCAUCCAGACCAUGCUGAUGGAGACUGCUUUGUGUUCUGUGUUCUGACCCAUGGGAGAUUUGGAGCUGUCUACUCUUCAGAUGAGGCCCUAAUUCCCAUUCGGGAGAUCAUGUCUCACUUCACAGCCCAGCAGUGCCCUAGUCUGGCUAACAAACCCAAACUCUUUUUCAUCCAGGCCUGUCAAGGUGAAGAGAUACAAUCUUCUGUAUCCAUUCAAGCAGAUGCCAUAAAUCCUGAGCCAACCGACCCUCCCCUUGAGGACAGUGUUCCUGUUGAAGCAGAUUUUCUUCUUGGCCUGGCCACUGUCCCCGGCUAUGUAUCUUUUCGUCACAAGACAAAAGGAAGCUGGUAUAUUCAAGCUCUGUGUAAAUAUUUGAAGGACUACGUCCCAAAACAUGAAGACAUCUUAUCCAUCCUCACUGCUGUCAAUGACAAUGUGAGUCGACAAGGUGAAACAAAGAAACAGAUGCCUCAGCCUGUUUUCACACUACGUAAAAAAGUCAUAUUUCCUGUGCCACAGAAAGAACUUUUAUUAGAGAGUUUUCAUUGCUCUUAGACUUAAGAACCUUCUCUCCCAACUUCCCACCUACCAUAGGAAUCAGUGACAGGUGGUAAACUGGCCUUUGUCUACUAUUCUAGUAAUAAGAAAUGCUCUAUUUUCUGACACAGUAAAUUCUGCCCCCCCCCCCACCUUUAAACAAGUCUAAAUGCUACAAAACUUUUUUUUUUUUAAACUGAUGCCUUGGAUUCUAGUCUUGGUUUUGGCUGUACACCCUGAGAAAAAGUAACUGGCUUUGGUUUAUGUAUCUGUGAAGUAAAAGGUGGGACCAGGAACAUUUUAAGGUUUCUUUUAGCUGUAAGAACCAAUGUUCUUAAAUUUCCUCUUUAUAUGACCACUCCUUGUUGUAAGGGACCGCUCUUGUGUCCCCUCUGCAGGGCCUUGUUUUGGACAUUGGCCAAUGAGGAGAUCGUGGUUCACUGACUCACCCUCUGCUCUCCCCUUCCCAAGGUGUUUCUUCUGCACAUCUAGUGAGGGGAAAGUUUGGUGGAUGCCAUGCCCACUUCCUGCUUUAGUGGUAAGGAAGGUGCUCCUGCAGGAAUGCUUUUCUUGGGCUGGGAACUGGGUUGGCCCUAGGAAGGUGACAGCUGAGUAUAAAAAGAGGCACACAUCCAGCUACCUGGGAGCAGACACUUUUAAAAUUCAGGUUUUGAACAUUUUUAUGUAUGUGAACUCUUUUUUCAAUUUCAAGAGGAAUUUUUCUUUUUUAAUUCUUGGGCAGAGGGAAAUCCAAGGUGCUGUGGUUAAGACCUUCAUUUAUAGACGAGGAUGCUGAGGCCCAAGGAGGAAGGGCAAUUUGCUACCAGCCAGUCAUUGUUUACAUGAUAUUAUUUCCCAUGUGCGUGAACUGGACUGUCAGGGACAUAGCAGGACGUUAUGAACGUCUCUGUGGAUAUGCAGAUGCUCAUGAAAGAUGUUAGGGAAUGAAGAAAAUUCUCAGUGAUGCCUGAUUUUAUAAUGAUUUCUGUGAAAGUCAAAUUUAUUUAUGGUGAACUUUCUAUGAGAAAUAAUAACCUUGUUAUAAUGUAGCUAGUCAUCACACGGAUUGGAAUGUAGCUUGGCAAAGGAAAUGAAUCUAAUACAUAUGUCAGGAUGGUCUUUUAAAACUAUUGUUCACACAAGUCAAAGCUAACAGCUGGUUGUUACAUAUUUGUUCAACCGCAUAUACACAGCUGUUGGCCAUUUAACAGUCCUUCUCUGCAAGGGAAGCACAGUGUGGUACAAAGGAAAGAGCAAAGAAUCUGGAGAUAGAUAGAAGAUUUGGGUUUCUGUUUUGCCCUGGGAUUCCCUUGCUCUAAGACACCAAAGCUAGUUUUUUGAGCCUUAUCUAUAAUGAGAGAAAAUAUUAUCUGUUGGGAGGAGAUAUGUGUGUGUACAUAUACACACACACACAUAUAUAUAUA